AUGAGGGAACACAAAAACAAACCAAACCCUAACUCGAUCUAUAUUCCUCAUGAUCUUCUGGAAAACAUCUUCUUGAGACUUCCCCUGAAACCUCUACUACAAUUCAAAACUGUCUCGAAAGAAUGGAAAUCUAUUCUGGAAUCAAAGAGCUUCGUAGACAUGCGUAUGAGUUUUCAAAAAUCCGGGAAGACUUGCCGGAAAAUCCUCGUCGCUUACCACUGCGACUACGGCCCUCCGAAUAUUCGCUCCGAGUCUCGAUUCGUAUGGGGCGAAGAGUUCGUCUAUUUGAACUGCCACACGAAACGACCGUCCAUGAGGUGCGACGGUUUGGUCUGCAUACCCGAACCAGGUUGGGUCAAUGUUCUAAACCUCGCGACCAGACAACACCUGAGAUUCCCUUCCGGGCCGGAUCCCGUAUCCACUCUCGAGUGCCCCCGCCAUAAGUUCUUUAUUUCAGUGAACACUGGACUUUCUUUCCGGGAUACUGGUCGAUGGGAUUCGGUAGAGACAAAGAAACUGAGUCCACCUCCUUACCAGGUUGACGUGGGAAGGAGAUCGGCUUACGUGAACGGAAAAAUCUACUGGUUUGAAAACGGGGCUCGUUGCCAGAUACUAGCUUUGGAUCUUCACACGGAAGAGUUCCAUGAUGUCUCGUUGCCUCAUGGUUAUCUUUUUAAUAUGGAAACCGAGAUAAUGAGCGUUGAGGACCGUCUCUCCACAGUAACAGGCGGCUUGUUGAGUGAUGACGAUGAUGAUUGGACGGUAGAGAUAUGGAGCUUGGAUGCAGAGGAAAAAAGAUGGAGCAAGACUUAUUUGAUAAGUUUAAAUUCUCUAGGUCUUAAGCCAUAUGAGACUUGGUGGUUCACGCAUGUGACAGUUUCAGGCGAGGGGGAUGUUGUGUUCUAUGAAGGUAGGAGGAGCAGGCUGUACAAACACAAUCCACUUACAAAUACUGUCCGUCAGAUCUACCCCGGUAUUUGCAAUAUCAUCUAUCCUUAUUAUCCCGAAAAUUUAGUCUGGUUUCAGACUGAUGCAAGGACUCAAAGUGCAUACUUCAAAGUGAAGAAUGCCAUUGCUUCAGCUCUUGGCAUACCAUUAGGAGUUGAUAAGUUUAUUUGCCAGGGAAAAGAAUGGCUAUGGUACAACCAAAUGAAAAUGCUUGUUGCAUAUUUGUUUGUCCAUUUGUUGUGGUCCUUUUGUACCGGUGAUACAUUGUCUUUACCGAUGCUAGUUUGGCUAGAUACUUUGGAACUACGGGACAUCAUCAAGUUUAUGGUCAUGGUUUUAGUUUUUAGACUUGUGGUGAUAUUAUCCUCGCUCUUGAUUUUUCGAGUUUUCAUACUCGUGGCCACAGGAGCUUUGACUCAUCGUCUUUUCUUCAGUAUUUAA